GCCGGGCCGGGCGAGUCCGGCCGGGAUGGGGGGCGGAUGGCGGGGCCUGGUCCGGCCGGGUCUCCGCGGUGGGCGGCUGGCGGGACCGGGCGGGUGUCAGCGCCGGGCGGGGGUUGCAGGGCCGGGAUCGGCUGGUCGGGACUGGGCUGUGCCGGUUGGUGCCGGCCCGGCCGUGUCCCAGUGCCGUGCCGGUGCUGGGGGCUGUGCCGGUCGGUGCGGGUCGGUGCCGGCCGUGCCUCAGUGCCGCCCCGUUUGCAGGACUGGCCGCCGCGGGUGCGGGCGGCCCCGCGGUGCGGGCGGUGCGGGCGGGCGCUGUCGCUGCUGGUGCAGGUGUACUGCCCGCUGGAGCGCGGGCCCGCGCACCGCGCCCUGCACGUGUUCGCCUGCGCCGCGCCCGGCUGCGGCCCCGCCGCGCACAGCUGGAAGGUGCUGCGCUCCCAGUACUCGCAGGCGCAGGAGAAGGAAGCCCGAGCCCAGCCCGUGCCACAGAAACAAGGAUCAAACUUUGCUGCAAAGGAUUGGUGUGAAGAGGCGGAUGACUGGGGAGUCAGUGAUGCAGCAGAGCCUCCUGCGUGUGCCUCCCUGCUGGCCUUAGGUGAAGCAGUGAGCAGCUCCUUGUCCAGAGAGCUGGACUGUGCAUCCCAGCUCCAACAGCUUCGCUUGGCUGAGGCUGCAGAGGGCUCAGGUUCCCAGGGCACACAUCCUGCAGCCAGUGAGGAAAUGGUAAUGGAAACACCUGGUCCUGCUCCUGUCUUCCAACCCUUUUAUAUUAAUGUGGUGGAUGAGGAAGACUGCAGUGGCUUCCUGGAUACAGACCAUGCAGAUGAGCUACUGAAGGAGUAUCAGCAGAGAGAGGGGCUUGAUUUGGAACAGAUGAUGUCAGAAAGCUUUGCAGGUGAAGGUGGUAAUGAAAAAUAUGAGAAGAGUGAAGUCAAAAGCUGGGACCACACGUUUCAUAAAUUUAUGAAAAGAAUAUCUCUGUGUCCUGAACAGAUUCUAAGCCCUCCCUUUGCCCUCCCUGGGUUAUGUCAGUGCUGUUGGACUCCCACUGCUCCUGGGCUGUGGAUCUUGUUGAGCUUCAGCAAAGCACACAGUCUCCUGCUUGGUGUUCAGUGCAAACCAUCCUUGGUCUGGGUUUCCUGUUAGUUGUGAGGCUGUGAGAGCUCUUAGAAAUAAAACACGAGUUUUGAGCCAUAACUGCAGUGGGUUUGAGACCUAUUCUGUGUUGAAUCUUUUCCUUGAAUCUUACCUUUUACUGCUACUAUUUAGGAUUCCACUUUUCAGGAAAGGGUAGUUUCCUUAAUUAAAUGAGUCAGGUACAGCAUAUUUUGGAGGUAUCAAAGCAUUUAUCUCCUUAAAACCAGGUCUUUCCUAAAGAUUUUCCACGUGUUGGCCUUCCAAGUAUUUCCCCCUUCCCAUCUUUAUUCUUUGUUUAAUGACUCUUUUGAAGCUCAGGCAACGAUUCUGACUCAUAACCAUGGUUUUUACUUCAAGCAAGUUCAGAGAUUGCAGUGAAACCAGAACACAGUUGCCAAGAUGUCAGUUUUCCUGUCAAAUUUAGGUGGUAAAAAAUAAUUAUUUGUUCCUUCCUUUCUUC